CCUGCAGCAUUCCCUCAUGACAGCGUUCCCCCAUUGCAGUGUUCCCACCUGCAGCGUUCCCCCACGGGAGCGUUCCCCCCCUGCAGCGUUCCCCCAUUGCAGUGUUCCCACCUGCAACGUUCCCCCCUGCAGCGUUCCCCCUUGCAGCAGGUUUUCAACAACAUGAGGAAAAACGUUCUGUUUGAAGUUUAAAGGAGGAAUGAUUGAACUAUGCGAGUGCAUCAAUCAGCCCCGAACAAAUGAGCAGCAACAGAAAAUAAAUAAAUAAAUAACCCGUGCAGCAACUCUGAGACUAGUGUUCCAGAUUUGAUGUUUCUCCCAUUCUAGAUUUAUUCCAUACUCCGAAAUUCCAACUUCCAAGUAGGAAAACUCAACUGGAACAGAACCAUGAUCCAGCAGCAGGUAUAUCAGAACCAAGGUGCUGCAGGGGUCCUAUCAGAGUCCAGACCAGAACCUGUGAGAACUUGGGACCUUCAGAGAGCUGAACCAGAACUGACAAGGCCCAGCAGAACUCUGAUGGAUCGGAUGUUUUUGUUCUGUUGAGUUUUCUUUCAUGUUUUGUCCGUCUUGCUGCCGGCGGAGGAGCAGAAGACGUGUCUGGAGCUCUGAUCUGAUCUGAAUUUUCACUCAUUCAGCCUAAAAGGCUGCAGAAGGAAGAAGGAUCCACCCGAUGCCAAACCGGAGGCCAGCCUCUCUGCUCCCUCCCAGCUCAUUCUUUCCUACAUGGGCACCCAGACGGGUUCUCAGUCAGAACAGAACCGGACCCAGCAGCCUGAAGGACUCAGACCGCAGGACGGACUGCACUUUUCUCCUCGACCAGCCGGAUCCUAACAGGUAAAAUGGCGACGCCCAAAAACACCCCCCGAGGCGCCAACAGCCCUCUGUCUCCGAACCGCAUCACCCGGCUCCAGGAGAAGGAGGACCUGUCCAACCUCAACGACCGUCUGGCAGUCUACAUCGACAAGGUGCGCUCUCUGGAGGUCGAGAACGCCGGCCUGCGUCUACGCAUCACCGAGUCUGAGACCGAGGUGACCCGGGAGCUGACGGGUCUGAAGGCCGCCUACGAGGCCGAGCUGGCCGACGCCCGUCAGACGCUGGACUCGGUGGCCAAAGAGAGGGCGCGGCUGCAGCUGGAGCUGGGGAAGCUCCGAGAGGACCACAAGGAGCUGAAGGCCAGGAACAGUAAGAAGGAAUCGGACCUCUCCGGAGCUCAGCAGCGGCUCAAAGACCUGGAGGCUCUGCUGAACUCGAAGGACGCGUCUCUGACCACGGCGCUGGGAGAGAAACGGAACCUGGAGGUGGAGACCCGGGACCUGAAGGCUCAGGUCGCAAAGCUGGAAACGGGUCUGGGCGACGCCAGGAAGCAGCUCCAGGAGGAGAUGCUGAGGAGGGUGGACGGGGAGAACCGCAUUCAGACCCUGAAAGAGGAGCUGGACUUUCAGAAGAACCUCCAAUCUGAAGAGCUGCGGGAGAUAAAACGGCGGCACGAGUCCCGAAUGGUGGAGCUGGAUAACGGCCACCAGCAGGAGUUUGAAAGCAAACUGGCCGAAGCGUUGGUGGAGAUGCGAAACCAGCAUGAGCUGCAGAUCAAAAUGUACAAAGAGGAGAUGGAGAAGACCUACAGUACCAAGCUGGAAGGCGCUCGUCAGUCGGCCGACCGGAGCAGCCACCUGGUUGGAGCGGCUCACGAGGAGCUGCAGCAAACACGAAUACGCCUGGAGUCCACAUCUGCUCAGCUCAGCCAGCUGCAGAAACAGCUGGCGGCUCGUGAGGCGAAGCUCCGGGAACUAGAGGACGCACUGUCCCGGGAGCGGGACACCACUCGUCGCCUGCUGGGAGAGAAAGACCGGGAGAUGGCGGAGAUGAGGCAGAGGAUGCAGCAGCAGCUGGAUGAGUAUCAGGAGCUCCUGGACGUGAAGCUGGCUCUGGAUAUGGAGAUCUGUGCCUACAGGAAACUUCUGGAGGGGGAGGAGGAGCGCCUGCGCCUGUCCCCCAGUCCCCCUCCAACCAGAGUGACAGCAAGUCGCUCCUCCGCUUCGGCCAGCCACUCUCGAUUGAUCCACAGCAGCGCUCGCAGCUCCCCAGCCAAGAGACGCCGUCCUAACGACACCGACAGCGAGGCGUCCAGUGUUGUGGGCGGAGCUGUGUCUCGUACUCGCAUCAUUCAGCAGGCCUCAGCCAGCGGACGCGUCACUGUGGACGAGGUGGACCUGGACGGGAAGUAUGUCCGACUCAGCAACAAGGCAGACGAGGAUCAGAAUUUGGGGAACUGGCAGCUGAAGCGGCAGGUGGGAUCCGGCGUUCCCAUCAUCUUUAAGUUUCCGGCUAAAUUCACUCUGAAGGCCGGCCAGAGAGUAACGAUCUGGGCUUCAAACGGAGGUGGAGUCCACAAUCCUCCUUCAGACCUGGUGUGGAAGGCCCAGCCUACCUGGGGCACCGGAGACCAGUUCCAGACCAGCUUGCUCAGUGCCAGUGGAGAGGAAAUGGCGAUGAGGAAGGUGACCCGCACACACUUUGAAGACGAAGAUGAAGAUAUGCAGGUGGCCCACAGCACCUGCAGCGACGGCGAGUACAACCUGCGCAGCCGGACCGUCGUCUGUGGAUCCUGCGGACUUCCCUCAGACAAAUCCAGCAGCUGCUCCGUGUCGUCGGCAUCCCGCUCGUUCCGUAGCGGCGGGAUCUCCGAGGGUUUGGUGCCACAGUCGUACGUGUUCAGCACCAGCACUCCUCGGAAGACUGGACUCCGGAUGGAGAGCUGUCCGGUCAUGUGACCUCCAGGACGUUAAAAUACUUUGAGUAUUAAGUUAGUAGUAACUUUUAGCUUCAGCUCCUCUGUGGUUCAGAAUUCAUUAGUUGAUGAAGCGGACUAUAGUCUUACUUUUUUAUUGUUUACAAAAGUAUUUAGAAAUAAAUAUGAAUGAAUAAA